UCAUUGAAAUUCUUUCAAGUUUUUACUACGAAAGCGUCAAUGUACUCGAAAGUGUAAUAACGUGAGACAGCUGUAAAUAAAGCUUGCAUAUGUCAAAAUCCAAGCAUUUGUCGACCACAAACAUAAACAUUUAGAAUAAUUUGCUAAAAUAAGCUGUUUUCAAUUGAAACUCUGUUUUGUUAAGUGGGUGCUUUAAAACGAAGCAUAUUUUUUUGCGAAGAGAAAUGGCAACCCAAUUGCGAUAUAUCAACAAGACGUAUCAGCUGUGAUGUUAUGUCAAAUAAGCCUUUUCGUAGCCAACGCAUGUGUUUCUCCCCAUCAACCAAUCGUAGCAGAGUAAGUGAAGAACUAGAUGAAAUGGUAAACACGAAUGUUGUUCACCUUCUCAUUAAGACGUAGCGUUGCACGUGUUAAAACCUUUCAAUACUCGCGCGCUUACAAACUGCUUACAAUGGAUGCUCCAGCAUCAAAUUCUCAUAUUGUAAAUGGGGAUGAAGCUGAACGACAGCAAACAGUUGUAACGAAGGAUCAACAGAUAGAUUCGUCUGCAGAAAAAACUUUAAAAAAGAGACUCAACGAUGUACUCUCCCAAGUCUCCGGAAUCACCCGGCAGACAAACUCAGCGCCGCCACAGCUGCGUCGAGAGAAACAGCUUCAAGCAGCCAAAAAGAAAACAACGCCUUACAUACCGGGUAUUGUGAAUUUGCAAGUACUGGGUGCCGGAGCAAAUGGAUCACCGAAUGCCAUUUAUCUGUUUACGGAUCAAGCGCGCUAUUUAUUCAAUUGUGGCGAAGGUACUCAGCGCUUAGCACAUGAGCACAAAACUAAGCUAGCGCGACUAGAACAUAUUUUUGUGACACGCAAUACUUGGCCGGCUGUAGGCGGUUUUCCUGGCCUAGCGCUAACAGUACAAGACGCAGGCGUUAAGGAAAUGGCAUUGCAUGGGCCACCGCAUUUAGAUAGCAUACUGCACAGUAUGAAACGUUUUGUAGUCCUCAAGGCGCUAAAGGUAAAUACGCGCGAUUGUACACAACUAGACGGUUUUGAGGAUUCAGUGAUGAGUGUCAAGUAUGUGCCGAUUUAUAAACAGCAACCGGCAGUGCCGUUUAACCCUUCUGCCACAAUAGACGCACACAAUCAAAUGGUGGUCGCUUACAUAUGCACGCUGAAACCACGGCCAGGUGCACUUAAUUUAGUGAAAUGUGUUGAACGAGGUGUACCACCUGGCCCGCUUCUGGGCCAACUAAAAAAUGGCUGUGAUGUUAAACUACCCGACGGUACAAUUGUGUAUUCGAAGGACGUGAGCGAACCCAGCGAAACAGCGCUUUCGUUCGUGUUUUUGGAUAUACCCUCCGAAGAGUAUUUGCCUGCACUACAGGCGCGCGCCGAUCUCUUCCGUACAUUGCAGCAGGAAAGCGAAAAUGAAGUAGCGCUCGUAGUCCACUUUACGCCGGCGCAUUUGCGGGAAAACAACUGUUAUCGCUCUUUUAUGGAAAACUUCACACCACGCACGCAGCAUCUCUAUUUGAAUUCGCCGCACAAUAACUUUUCCGGCUAUGUAUCGGCGCAUCGCAUACAAUACCAACUAAAUCAAAUAAAUGCGCGCACAUUUCCUUUACUAGCAGAAGCGCUUGAGUCCUGCAAUAGUUUGAAUAUCAGCACUAAAUUAAAGAAAACUAAGCUAAGCGAUUCGGCCAAAGAAGAGCAGUGCGAGGGGAAUGGCACUGAGGAUUUGGCCAAUGCAGACGAUACUGUAUCAGACGCCCAAGUGACUAAUAUAAAUUCACUUACGAACUUCCAUUUACGGCCGCGAAAAGGUAUCGAUCGCAGCGUCGAAGCGCAGCUGAAUCCUAGUGAAUAUAUCAAUGAGACGCAGAAACUACCUGACUUCCCUGCGUGCCUCAGCAAACUAAAGAUAGACCUACAAGCGCUGCCACAACCAAAAUGCACCGCUGCAUACCCCAAGAUCACCUUCCUCGGCACAGGCUCUUGCAUACCAAACAAAACACGCAAUGUGAGCGCAAUCAUGGUACAAGCAACCGAGAAUUCCUUUAUGUUACUCGACUGCGGCGAGGGUACACUCGGUCAAAUUGUGCGUUUCUAUGGCAAAACGAAUGCCGAGUGGGUUAUACGCAAUCUAAAAGCGAUUUAUAUUUCUCAUCUACACGCCGAUCAUCACAUUGGAUUAAUUGGCUUGUUGAACGAGAGACAGAGAUUAUUGCAGCAAGUGAAUGUGCCGGCAGCAGAGCAAAAAAUAUUACUCUUUGCACCGGCGCAAAUACAACCUUGGCUCAAUUUCUAUAAUGAGCGCAUCGAUGGCAUCUCGGAAGCAUACACGCUUAUAGGCAAUUCGGAAAUGUUGGAAACCCCAAUGGAUUUGCAUGAAACUCGCGCCGACCUUGGCUUUGAUUCGGUGGCCACUUGCCUGGUACGUCACUGUCCUCAUUCCUAUGGUGUUAGUAUUACGCUGUCAGCGACGGCAGAGAGCGUUGCGCCAGUGAAAAUCACCUACAGUGGCGAUUCAAUGCCAUGUCGAGAUUUAGUCGAGCUCGGACGCAACUCAACAGUACUAAUACAUGAAGCGACUAUGGAAGAUGACUUGAUCGACGAGGCGAAACAGAAAAUGCACAGCACUAUAUCUCAAGCCAUUGCACAAGGGCGUGAAAUGCAAGCUCAGCACAUCAUACUCACACAUUUCUCACAGCGCUACGCCAAGCUGCCACGCAUGCAACAAUUGGUGGGCGGUAAAGAGGAGGCAGACGAGAUGUGUAAUGUAGCAAUAGCUUUCGAUAAUAUGCAAGUAACGCUGGGUGACUUGGAACACUUCCACCUCAUGUACCCCGCGUUGCAUGCACUUUUUGCCGAGCACGCUGAGGAACUGGAACAGAAGGCACUGAAACGGGAAUUGAAACUGGAAAGAAAACGAAAGUUGAUGACUGCGGACUAAGUUGUAACGAACGUGUGGUAAAUUCAAGUAUAUACUAAUUCAAAUAAGCUGUUAUCUUUUUUUCAAAAAACAAGGUAUAUUACGCUAGGUUUAUUUUUAUUAUGCUUUUAAAUUUAAUUGUUAAUUCUAAAUUCGAAUGUGGUUAUAUAAAUAUAUGAAUUGUAUGUUUCAAAAUACAAUAAAAGAGCGAAA